AUGGGCCAGACUGCCUCCGUUGAUACUUCCUCAAGCCCUACAUAUAUAAGUGAAAAAGAUGUGAUGAUAAGUUACGAUAAAAGAGCUGUGAAGUCUGUCACAAUUCCAGAGCUAACAUCGUACAGAGCCAAUAUCAAGGGCAAAGCCCUUGAUAAUUCUGUCACAAAAGAAGAGCUGGUUGAUUUGCUCCGAUUGCAUGGUAUAAACGAUGCAGUUAGUACCCUUUUAUUUAACUUCUUCCAAACUCUGUCAAACUUCCCAAUGAUCAAAGACUGUUACGAGAACGUCACUUACAUCGGAGUUUUGAAAAGCUGUCUGUUGGUGAGCAAACAGAGGUGCUUGAAAUUCGUCCAAGACAAAUCCUACAACCACACCAAACUCGUGUUUAUAGCGCUGGCGCUGAGUAAAAACGUGAAAGAGGUUACAGGCACUCCUAGUUCUGAUUUAUCGAUUGAUGCGCCAGAAAUCAUUUCCAACUUCAACAAUGCUCUAACUGAUGAGCUUACUGUACCUGCAGACUCGAUGCUGGAGUUUGUAACUUUAUUGCUACGAAUAUCUAUGCUUACUUUGACCAAAAACUCAACGCUCAACGCAACCCUUUCGAAUGAUUGGGACGCUUUCAAAGUCUUCGCGCUUAACAUCGUAAGAACUAUGAACACUUGCAUCAAAACUUCACAAGAAACUUUGAAGAAUGUCGUCACCUACACUAAUUUCCAAGAGGUGUUAUCUUCAACAUGCCCAAAUUUGUUGUUGCCCUUAGAGAUGUUGGUUGAGCACGUUUUGUUCCUGGAAAAAGAUCUGGUAGACCCGCUAGCAUCAGGCAUACCAAGGGCAGAAUCGAAACUCGUCACAGCUCCUCUAUUAUCUCAGCUUUCCACAGUUUGGCCUCGCGAGCUGGUAUUCUCAAGGCUACAGAAACUCUAUGUAGGACGAGACAGUGGAUUCUCAAUGCGCUCUUUUCAAGCAAAAGUCUUCAAGUGGAUGGCCCCAUCGUUGUUGCUAGUCAAUGGAAUACGAAUACCUGAUGACGAGGAGUAUGUGAGGUCAAAAAAUCACAGAUAUCAAACCUUUCUAAAUGACUACCCUCGUCUCAAAGAUGAAGACCAGGAUAUACUUCCACCUUUUGAGGGUAGAAAAAAACUCACCUUUGUUGUAUAUGUUGACGAACCCUGGAAAGUUACCAAUUCAGAACUGUUUGGCGGUACAAAAACCACCAUAAUACAGUUGUCACCGGUUCAAGAGAUUUUCAAGGCCCAAAAAUCGGAGAGCGUAUGUUUCAAUACCUUGGGAGGUGGAAUCGGAGUGGGCAGCUCGCUUCCUGUUUUGAAAAGUAAUCACAGACGUUAUGUCCCGGGGAACGUUUCGUUAACUAUUGACCCCAACUUAGAGUUUGGGGCUUUCAGAAACGUUGGGCGCGGUGGCAGCAUCAACCCUGGAUCACUCACAACUACUAGCAGUGAACACAGAUUCUUGAUACAGGAUAUUGAGGUAUGGGGAUGUGGUGGAGAAAAAGAGUUAGAGGAGCAAAUGAAAAAUUGGGAGUGGGAGGAAGCAGAAGCUCAAAGAAGACAGCGCAUCAACCUAAAAAGUAUUAACGAUGAUAGGGCAUUAUUAGAAUUAGCGGGUCUGGUCGGCCAAAACCAGAGCGGAGGUUCAGUAUGA